UUCUUAGAAUUUACAUGUUCUCAGGAGCUGGUCAUUUUUAGUGCCAUCUUAAAUCAGAUACCCAUUCCGAAUGAACUGUAUGAUGCACUUUAUCAAGUACAUCAGAUGGCCGUUAGAAAUACUAACACAGAUCCAUACAUCGUGGUUUCCCAAGACAGAGGAAAAACUGGCCGUCCACGGAUUCAGAUUUCUGAGGAUUCUGUAUCCCAGAUGCUUACAUUAGGAUUGCCUGUGACGUGUAUUUCAAGGUUGCUAGGGGUAACAAGGUUCACAAUUCAUAGACGCAUGGUGGAAUGGGGAUUGUCUGUGAAGGCAACCUACAGCAGCAUGGCAGAUGCAGAGCUAGACGCACUUGUGGCAACAAUCCACAGAAGCAAUCCAAAUGCUGGUUAUAGAAUGAUGAUGGGUCUGCUGAGAGCACAAGGUCAUCGAGUACAAUGGGAGAGAGUUCGUUCUUCAAUGCAUCGAGUUGACACAGCAAGCAUUGUUUCCAGGAUGUCACAAUUAGGAUGUGUGGUUAGGAGGACAUACUCUGUUCCUAGCCCAAAGUCCCUGAUGCACAUUGACACAAACCACAAGCUGAUACGGUACAACAUUGUGAUAUUUGGAGGCAUCGAUGGCUUCUCCAGGAAGAUAAUGUACCUUGGUGUGUCAAAUAACAACCUGGCUUCAACAACACUAUCUUUCUUCCGUGAGGCAGUUCAGAAGUUUGGAUUUCCACUGAGGGUUCGGGGUGAUCAUGGAGGAGAGAAUGUAGAUGUGGCCUGCCUUAUGUUCUCUGUCCGGGGAACAGGGAGAAGUAGCUUCAUUGCUGGUAAAAGUGUUCACAAUCAGAGAAUCGAGCGAUUGUGGCGGGAUGUGUUCACUGCCGUUACCUCCCACUUCUACCAUGUUCUGCACCAGCUGGAAGAGGAUGGGCAUCUUGAUCUGUCCAGCAAUCUUCACAUUUUCUGCUGUCACUAUGCCUUCAUCCCACGGCUCCAAACCCAUCUCAAUAUAUUUAGAGAUGGAUGGGACAACCAUCCUCUUUCCUCAGAGGGCAACCUCUCUCCAAAUCAGCUGUGGCAAUUGGGGAAGCAGUACCAUUCAGAAGAGUGUGAUGAGAAUCUGCAGAUUCCAGAAAUUGAUUGGGAAAGCAGCGGUCUUAUCUCCAAUCACACAAAUUCUGGAAUCCAGGUUCCUGAGAUUGAAUCUCCACUGAGCACUGAGGAACUUAAUGACCUUAAGGCUGCUGUGGAUCCAAUGCAGCCAUCAGAAAAUUUUGGGGCAGAUGUUUACAUUGCUGCACUGCAGUACAUGAACAGUAUUGGCUAUAUGUAAGGGAGAAUAUCUAUAAUUGAGAUGAACCUCCCCCCAAAAAAUCACAAACAACAAGUUCUGU